CCGCGGUCAGCUGAGCCGGCUGUCACGUGACGGCGCGGCCGAGGGAGCGGGCCCAGCGGGGGCUGCGCGGGGCGGCGGCGAGGGACCAUGUCCACCCGGCGCCUCCGCAGCGAGGAUUACAACGACUACAGCUCCACGGAUGUGACGCCGGAGGGGAGCCCGCCCGGUGGCAUGAACGGUUUCGCCCACCCUGAGUCCUACCAGCGCUUUGGGGAGGCCAAUGGGACAACGUGGUACCAGACCCUGAUCCAUCUCCUGAAGGGGAAUAUUGGCACGGGGCUGCUGGGGCUGCCUCUGGCUGUGAAGAACGCCGGCAUCCUGCUGGGUCCUGUGAGCCUGCUGGUGAUGGGAGUCGUGGCUGUGCACUGCAUGGGCAUCCUGGUGAGAUGUGCCCAUCACUUCUGCUACAGGUUCCAGAAGCAGUUUGUGGACUAUGGGGGUGCUGUGAUGUACGGGCUGGAGUCAACUCCCAGCGCAUGGCUGCGGACACAUGCCAUCUGGGGAAGGCGUAUAGUGGGACUUUUCCUGAUCAUCACUCAGUUGGGUUUCUGCUGUGUGUACUUCGUCUUUCUGGCUGACAAUCUGAAACAGGUCAUAUCUGCAGCAAACGGGACCACCAACGACUGCAGCUCCAACAGGACGGUGGUGAUGACCCCCACCAUGGACUCCCGGCUAUACAUGCUUUCUAUCCUGCCUUUUGUGGUGCUGCUCACGUUCAUCCAGAAUCUCAAGGUCCUGUCCAUCUUCUCCAUGCUGGCCAACGUGGCCAUGCUUGUCAGCCUUGUUGUGAUCUACCAGUACAUUGUCAGGGACAUUCCUGAUCCCAGUAAGCUGCCUCUAGCAGCAGCCUGGAAGACCUACCCUCUGUUUUUUGGCACCGCGAUCUUUGCUUUCGAAGGCAUCGGGGUGGUGCUGCCUCUGGAAAACAAGAUGAAGAACCCCCGGCAAUUCCCAGUCAUUCUCUACGUGGGGAUGACCAUUGUCACCAUCUUGUACAUCAGCCUGAGCGUCCUGGGGUACCUGCGCUUCGGGGCGGACAUUCAGGCCAGCAUAACACUCAACCUGCCCAACUGCUGGCUGUACCAAGCCGUCAAGCUGCUCUUCUCCAUUGGGAUUUUCUUCACGUACGCCGUGCAGUUCUACGUGCCUGCUGAGAUCGUCAUCCCUCCUCUCGUUGCCCGGGUGUCGGAGCGCUGGGGCUUGCUGGUCAACCUGCUUCUCAGGGUGGUCCUGGUCAGCGUGACCUGUGUUCUGGCCAUCCUCAUCCCGCGCCUGGACAUCGUCAUUUCGCUGGUGGGCUCCGUCAGCAGCAGCGCCCUGGCUCUCAUCUUCCCCCCGCUGCUGGAGAUCGCCACCUACUAUACAGAAGGCAUACACCCCCUCGUCAUCGCCAAGGACAUCGCCAUCAGCCUCUUUGGCUUCGUGGGCUUCGUGGUGGGGACGUACGAGGCGCUGGAGGAGCUGGUGGCGCCCGCCGCUGCUGUUGUGAACACCACCAGAGUCAUGGUGCAGUGACGGUCCCCCCCUGCCCCGCCAGCCCCUCCGCCUGCCGUGCUGGGGGCACGUGGGCACCGGGAGCUGCUGGGCCCCUGGGAACGGUCUCCCCUCUCCUCUUGGGAAACAUGGUGGGUUUGGCCUGUGAGGGGAUGGGGCUGCCCUUCACCGCGGCCACCCGUCUGCAGCAGGGUCCCGUGCUGGGCUGGGGAGGUGGGAUCCAGGCCCGGGCAGUGCCUUCCCUGGGGGCUUUUUGGGCAGGUGAUACAGCCCAACAGCCCCCUCGGCACCUGUGUAAAUAGUCACUUUGAGAGGUGAGGAAUCCUGGGGAUGUAAAUUUUGAUUUUAUUUUAUUUUUUUAAAUCCCAACCUUUCUGUAUUUCCCUUGUCCCUUCAGUCAGGGCGGGGAACAGGGACUGCUCUUUUUCGUGCCAGUUGUUUUUCCCCCCGUCAGCACUUUAUUUUUACAGCAACAGAAAAACCUCAGCUCAGGUUGGAAAGCGUGGAGCUGCUUCCUCACGCCAGCCUUGUGGGGAGGAUGGGCAGAGCCCGAGGUGUGGAUCGUCCCGGGGCCCCCCAGCUUUCCCACAGUGGGAUCCCCAGACAUGGGCAUUGGCUCCUGCCGUGCUCCAGCUCUGUUUCCAGCCGCCUCUGGGGCUGAGCAGGGCCUGGACCUGGGCACGGGGCACGGUACCUACUUGGCCUGGGGGGGUUUGCUGAACCCUGGCCCCUGCUUUCAGUAGUGACACUUCUUUUUCCCCAUCUAGCACACAUACCUAACACGUGGCUUUCAGCAGCAUUAGAGAACUGAGGCGUGUGGAGAGCAAAUGGGCUCUGAGCUGGUCGCCUUGGGCUGUGAGCCCUCUCCCUGCCUGGGACACGGUGUCCCUGGGGGUCACCGUGUGCUGCCCACACGCCACAAAAAUACAUCGCCUUGUUUACAGUGCCCGAGCUGGGCCCGGCACACUCCGGCUGCAUCUGCAGGCCGAUACUGAAUACUGAAUGUCAAAUCACAACACACAAAAACCCCAUAAUAAUUAUUUUUUUUUUUUCCCCUUUCUCUCCUGGUCUCACUCCUGCAUCUUCCGCCUCUGCCCUAGCUCCCGUCCCAUCCUCUGGUAGGAUGCAGCCCUCUGACUCUUCACCUGUGCUCCUCUUGCUUCUUGUGUUGUGACUGGUCCUUGCUACGCUGCUGCUUUCCUUCCCCUCAGGGAGCCCAGCUCCCUCCUUAAAGAGUUUCCUUGCUUUUCUGCUGGAUUUCUUUUUUUUUUUUUUUUUUUUUUUUUAAAACAAGAGAGGAGAUGCAUCCUCCAUGGGAUGUCUUUCCCUAAUGGUGCAAAACGGUUUUGGCUUGGCCCAUUUCUGGGCCAAACUCCUCCCUGAUAACGCAGCAUCUCCCAGACACCAGUAGCGUGGUGGCUUCUUUCGGAGAGCCUUCAUCCCCUCAUCCUGGUGCAGCCAUGUCCUCCUGGGGUGGGCAAAGGCUGCUGGCGGGGUGGGAAAGGGGUGUGAACAGAGCACUGGCAGGCUGCGUUCCUGUCUUUGGAGGAUGAGUGAGGCUUGGGGUUAUUUUUGGUGUUUGACCCACUUCUGGGAGCAGAAGGCUGUGCAGAGCGGUGUCCCGGCAGCCUGCCUCCUCAAUGUGUGGUGUUUCAGUGUCUUGCACUGUGUCCCCUUUGCUGGCUCUGCUUUGGGUACGUGGAUCCACGGCCAAGUGCAGGCAGGGUAGGUCUGGGCUGUGUCACUGCUCCUUUCCAGCCCCUCGCCUGCUUGCUGCGUCUCUCGGUGCUCACCUCGUCUCCUCCAAGUCUGCGCUGGUGAAGGUUUUGGCACGCUACAGUAUUGCUGGGUCACGAGCAGAGCAAAGCUUUAACUCAAAUCCUCCAUCUGGAGGACACUGUGGGGUCAGAGAGCAAACACUCACGUCUGGGAGGUGGAGGGGGCUCCAGGGCAGGCCGUGGGUGGGAAAAGUGCAAUAUUCAUGUCCAUCGCUGUGUGCUGACCCUGGCGUGGCCCUUGGGGGUUAGGUUUGAGUGAAGAAAUGUCACCCUUGGCAGAGGAGGGCACGCUGUGAGGAGCAGGGGACAUCUGAUGCUUGCCCCCAGCUCUGUCGGUACCUCACGAGAAGGCUGGCUGCGUUCUGGGGGACAGCUGAGUGCCAGGACAUGUCCCCAGCCUGGCACUGGGCAGGGCUCCUAGCAUCCAAACUCACUUUGCAAUCAGUGGUGAAGACCUUGUUUCCCAGGAGACUGGGAUAUCACAGCAUUACAUGUUUUUUGCAGUUCUUCACUUUAAUUGGGGUGAGCAGGGGGUGUUCAGAGAUGGGGCCGGAUGCGCUGGUGGGGCACGCAGCGUGAGGGGCUCUGCCGAGCCAGGAGGACCUGAUACAGGACCUGAUGGACACGAAAACUUGACACUUGUGUAUCGUAGGCUGCUCUGUAACCAAGAAAAUUGUCUGUGUAAAUAUGGAAAUGAUUAAUGUACAUGUCUCAUGCCUAUGGUUAUUGUCAGCGUACAGCGUGUGUAGCUGCCUAGUGGAAGAGCUGGUGCUGCACCUGAAUUGUGUAUCUUACUUUAAUCAAUAAAUAUGAUCUAUUUUUUACGUGAAAAAGC